AUGCGGCGAAGAAUCACUUUUGUCCAGAGGCCGGAAACUCCCUUUGACUUCGACCAGGCCGUGCUAACGAGCGAUGCGCUGUCCAUUAACCACCUGGACGGUGCGCGCGAGGAGCGGGCAACAUUCGGCUUUGAUGAGCUUCCCUCAGAGAUCUGGCAGGUUCUGAAAUCAAGCCACGAGCUUCACAUCCGUUGGGCUACGGAGCGGCCUUAUGAGAUCGGGGCACCGUUUUCUAGUCGAAUAUCGCCUGGCUUACAUGUUUACUAUACACCUGGAGGACCUGGGGAGACAGGGAAGGGAUUGUGCUCGCUACUGAAAAAGGUAUUCGAUGAGUCGCUGGAAUGUGACAGCCUCAGGUACUACAGUCGUCUCCCUUCCUUACAGAAUCUGGCCACCUUCAUUCAACACAAGUUCUGUGGCCGGUCGGACGAGAAAUGCUUUCGUUAUGCUGAAUCAAUACAUUCUGCCGAUUCGGUCGAUGUCAACUAUGACAGCAUCUCGCAUGCGCUGACCGUGUCGGGGUAUUGGUCGCAAUCACCAGGCCAAGGAUGGACCGAGCAGAUCAAGAAGCACGCCGCAGGAACACACCAGGUCGAGGUCGGGCUUCUCGGAGUCGAGAGCGCCGUUGAGCCCGAGGAACUGAAAAUGGAACCGACCUUAUUCUCAUUUCCCUCGCGCCACCAUCCUCUUCCAGAUGACGCGACCUACGCCAUCUCCUUCCCUCGCCCAACCGGGCUACAUCCCACUCUGACCAUCUCAAUGCCCCGUGCCUCGCUGAAGCGUCCCCCAGCACCUCCGGAUGCGACAUGCGCCCUCCACACAUACCUGACUCUGCCAUCGUGGAUCUUCGGUGACAAAUACCAGCUCUCGACAACAGACCCACUCUUCCUCAAAUCCCACAAUCUGGCCGCUCUCCGAGCCGUAGCAGGAGAAACGGACCUCGAAGCCCCGGACUGGUUCGUCUCCCGCUGGGGCUCAAACUGGCUGCUCGAGCUCGCAACACCCCUUCACCCGGAUAACAGCCCAGAGGAAUGGAACGUCACUAUCCCCCUGCAUCUGCGAUACCUGCACCCCUCCGAGUCCGGGUACCGCUCCGCCGCGGUUCCAUGGCCGAUAGUUUUCUGGGCGUGCACGGCGGAAGACGGCACCAAGAUGGGUAUUAACCCCUUUGAUCGGGUGAACCUGGGCUGGGAGGGGUUGUUUGGGCCCCGUACGAUGUUCUAUCAAUUACACCCAUCGCCGCCGGAUGGCAAGGGCCAGCUUGUGGAAGAGCUGGAAGUACCUGUCCUGCGAUUGCGAGAUGAUGGUGGAUUUUUCCGGAGCAGGGCCAUUGAGCUGGGGACGGUUGUUGUCGUUGGGCUGGGGCUGCUUUGGGUUCUAUGGAAGCUUGGUCUCGUCGCGCGGACGGCAAGGGCAAGGACGAGGACCCAGAAGAAAGAAAACAAGCAGGGGAAGGCCGAGUGA